AUGGGACACCAAAUGGAAGGACCAAGGGAGAACAACGCUGCGGGAGGGGAAGUGAUCGAGGACGGGACCGACGGCUAUAAGGUGAACGAGAUGAAGAACCGAAUACCAGCACCCGGCCCAGGUUGCGCGGCGGACGGAUGGACAACUAAGCAGAAGGAAGGACUCGUGGGUCUGAGGAACUCUCGACGUGGUUGGCUUGAGAUGAGUCACGCAGGGUGUUCGGAAGGCCAGGCAGGAAGACAGCGGCGAGGCAGAUUAGACCGUAGAGGACAGGACAAGUACACUGCUGAUUGGGGAAGCGCGGAUGUAGGAAGGAGCAAUGGAUUGGUAGCUGGGACGCUGGAACGAAGAGAUGAAGGAUGGAGGAUAGGAAGGAAAAGGGGGAAGCGAAGAGUAGGAGAGAGAAGAGAGAAAGGA